GAUUCAGCGGCAGCGGCGGCCAGGGGCAGGAUGCUGCGCGCGGGCCCCGCCUAGGGGCGCCGGGCCGGGCGGGUCGGGGGAGCCAAGAUGGAAGAGACCCUGCGCAAGCUGCACAAGGAGGCGUCGGGCAACAAGCACAAAGCCAUCAAGGAGAGCUGCGCCUGGGCCGUGGAAAUAUUGGAAUCUCCUGAUGCCAUUACCAAAAUCCCUCCGUACCAGUUGAGGGAAAAAUGCCUCCUUCCACUCCAGCUUGCUUUGGAAUCAAAGAACGUGAAGUUAGCCCAACAUGCCCUAGCAGGGAUGCAGAAGCUGCUGUCUGAUGACAGAUUUGUAUCCGUGGAAACAGACUCAGAUGAGAAGCAGUUGCUUAAUCAGAUGCUGAAUGCUGUCAAAGUGACUCCUUCACUCAACGAGGACCUGCAGGUAGAAGUGAUGAAGGUUUUGCUCUGCAUAACAUACACCUCUACCUUUGAGCUGAAUGGAAGUUCAGUACUGAAGAUUGCUGAGGUUUGCAUUGAAACAUAUGUGUCUAGCUGUCACCAGCGGAGUAUUAACACUGCUGUGCGCGCAACCCUCAGCCAAAUGUUGAGUGACCUGACUUUACAGCUCCGGCAAAAGCAAAAGAACACACAGGUAACUGAAAAUCACGAAGUUCUGCAGGAGUUCAUGAGUCAAGGUUCUACAGUAGAGUCCCUUUCUGAUGAUGUUGUGUCAGUCCUCACUGUGCUCUGCGAGAAACUCCAAGCUGUCAUAAAUGAGAAUCAGCAACUGCAGCUCCUGUACCUUGAAUGCAUUCUCUCCAUGUUAAAUAGUUCAUCUCCCAGCAUGCACCACCACAGAGGAUUUACUGACCUCAUUUGGAAGCAACUGUGUCCAGCCCUCAUAGUUAUACUGGGUAAUCCAGUCCAUGACAAAACAAUUACUUCUGCUCACAGUAGCAUCAGUCUUGAGACUGAUUCACCUUCCUCUGGGGUCUCAGAUCAUGGCCGGGGAUCUGGUUGCUCUUCCACAGCCCCUGCGCUCAGUGGACCUGUUGCCCGGACCAUUUACUACAUUGCAGCAGAGCUGGUUCGACUGGUAGGGUCAGUGGAAUCCAUGAAACCUGUGCUACAGUCUCUUUAUCACCGUAUGUUACUUUAUCCUCCACCACAGCACCGGGUGGAAGCCAUUAAGAUCAUGAAAGAGAUAGUAGGUAGUCCUCGGCGCCUCUGCGAUUUAGCAGGGCCCUGCUCUUCUGAGCCAGACUCCAGAAAGAGAUCCAUCUCAAAAAGGAAGUCACAUCUGGAUCUUCUCAAACUGAUCAUGGAUGGGAUGACUGAAGCUUGCAUUAAAGGAGGUAUUGAAGCAUGUUAUGCCUCUGUGUCUUGUGUCUGUGCCUUCCUUGGAGCAUUAGAUGAGCUAAGCCAAGGGAAAGGCCUUAAUGAGGAGCAAGUCCACUUACUGCUUCGUCGCCUGGAAGAACUGAGGGAUGGAACUGAGACAAGCCGUGACUCCAUGGAAAUCAACGAUGCUGACUUUAGGUGGCAAAGACGCAUUCUGUCGUCAGAACACACACCCUGGGAAUCAGGAAAUGAGAAAAGCCCUGAUAUCAGCAUUAGUGUUACCACAGAUACUGGUCAGACUACUUUGGAGGGGGAUAUGGGGCAGACGACCCCAGAGGAUAAUCCUGAAAGCCAAAAAAUCUUGCUGCAGUCUCCAGCUGGACAAGAAAGCAAAGAGAUUCAGCAUAAAGAGCCAGAGUCAGAAACAGUUGACCAGCCAGACGUUGUUCAAAGGAGCCACACCAUAGUUUACCCAGAUAUAACUAAUUUCCUUUCAGUUGACUGCAGAACACGGUCCUAUGGAUCUAGAUAUAGCGAAAGUAACUUCAGCGUUGAUGACCAGGACCUUUCUAGGACUGAAUUUGACUCAUGUGAUCAAUACUCCAUGGCAGCAGAGAAAGACUCUGGGAGGUCAGAUGUCUCAGAUAUAGGCUCGGACAACUGUUCCCUGGCUGAUGAAGAGCAGACCCCAAGGGACUGUCCAGGUCAUAGGUCCUUGCGUACUGCUGCGCUCUCUCUGAAACUACUGAAGAAUCAGGAAGCAGACCAGCACAGUGCCCGAUUGUUCAUACAGUCCCUCGAAACCCUUCUUCCUCGGCUUAUCACGCUCCCUAGUGUAGAGGAGGUGGAUUCUGCACUCCAGAACUUCUCUUCAACCUUUUGCUCAGGUAUGAUGCAUUCACCAGGACUUGAGGGGAACCCCAGCUUCAGCUUCCAGACGCUUAUGAAUGCAGACAGCCUCUACAUGGUCUCACACUACAUUUUGCUGCUCAACCUGAAACUGUCUAACUCUGAUUACUACAGGAAGAAACCUGCCCAACAAUCUGUGCCACUGAAGGAGUUCAUGAAGCAGGUCCAGUCCAGUGGUGUGCUGAUCGUGUUUUCUCAGGCUUGGGUUGAGGAACUCUACCAUCAGGUCUUGGAAAGAAACAUGCUGGGAGAGGCUGGAUACUGGGGAAGACCUGAAGAGAACAGCCUUCCACUCAUCACCAUGCUGACUGACAUUGAUGGCUUGGGAAGCAGUGCCAUUGGAGGACAACUGAUGGCGUCUGCAUCAACACAAUCUCCUCUCACACAGAUCCGGAAGACAGAUGAUUCUGUUGUGGCAGGUGUUGCUUUUUCUCGAUACCUUCUAAUUGGUUGCUGGAAAAACUUAAUCGACACCUUAUCCACACCUUUGACUGGUCGUAUGGCAGGAAGCUCCAAAGGGUUAGCAUUCAUCCUGGGAGCUGAGGGGGCCAAGGAGCAGACCCAGAAAGAGAGAGACUCCAUUUGCAUGAGCCUGGAUGGACUGAGGAAGGCCGCACGACUGAGCUGUGCCCUGGGGGUUGCUGCUAACUGUGCAUCUGCCCUUGCCCAAAUGGCUGCUGCUUCCUGUGUCCAAGAAGACAAGGAGGAAAAAGAAACCCAAGAGCCAAGUGAUGCUAUAACUCAAGUGAAACAGAAAGUGGAGCAAAAAUUGGAGCAGAUGGGGAAAGUUCAGGGAGUCUGCCUGCACACUGCACAUGUUUUGUGCAUGGAUGCCAUCCUUAAUGUGGGACUGGAGAUGGGAAGUCACAAUCAAGACUGUUGGCCUCAUGUGUUCAGGGUGUGUGAAUACAUCAGUACUCUGGAGCACACGCAUUUCAGGGAUGCCACAUCCCAGUCCCCUUUUACUAUAACUCAAUCCCAGCAUGCCACAGGAGGGCUGCAGGCAGAUUAUCAGUCUACAGAUUCUCCCCAGGACCUGACACCUGAGCAGGAGACUACCCUCAGCAACAACCCCAUCAUUCAGCCGGUCUCCAUCCAGGAACUCAUCAAGGAGCGUAGCAAAGGCAGACCUUUUGAUUUCCGUGGUGGCAGCCUGCUGAGUGGAAGCAAUGCUGCCAAGGCUGUCCUCACCCUUUCCACACAAGCUGACAGGCUUUUUGAAGAUGCUGCUGACAAGCUAAAUCUUAUGGCACUGGGAGGCUUCCUUUACCAGCUCAAGAAAGCUUCUCAGUCCCAGCUCUUCCACUCUGUCACAGACACGGUUGAUUACUCCUUAGCCAUGCCAGGUGAAGUAAAGUCUACCCAAGACAGGAGAAGUGCACUCCACUUGUUCCGACUUGGGGACACCAUGCUUAGGAUUGUACGGAGUAAAUCCCGCCCACUGCUCCACUUCAUGCGCUGCUGGAGCAUAGUGGCACCUCAUCUGGUAGAGGCUGCCUGCCAUAAGGAGAGACACGUUUCUCGGAAGGCUGUGUCCUUUAUCCAUGACAUCCUCACUGAGGUGCUGACGGACUGGAACGAGCCCCCUCAUUUUCACUUUAAUGAAGCACUAUUCCGGCCCUUUGAGCAUAUCAUGCAGCUGGAGCUGUGUGAUGAGGACGUCCAGGACCAGGUGGUCACAUCUAUAGGGGAAUUGGUGGAGAUGUGUUCUACUCAGAUCCAGUCAGGCUGGAGGCCCUUGUUCAGUGCCCUGGAAACAGUGCAUAGUAGUAGCAAGUCAGAAGUGAAAGAUUACCUUGUUGGAGAAUAUUCUAUGGGGAAGCGUCAGGCACCUGUCUUUGAUGUCUUUGAAGCAUUUCUCAACACAGACAACAUCCAGGUCUUUGCCAAUGCCGCCACGAGUUACAUUAUGUGCCUUAUGAAGUUUGUUAAAGGACUGGAGAAUGCUGUAGUAUUUUUUCAUGAGGGGGAAGUAGACUGUAAAGAGAUUGGCGAUUGCAUGCCAGGAUCAGGAUCCAUGUCUACAGACUUGUGCCUUCCUGCUCUUGAUUACCUCAGGAGAUGUUCUCAGUUGCUAGCCAAAAUCUAUAAAAUGCCCUUGAAGCCAAUUUUCCUCAGUGGCCGGCUUGCUAACUUGCCCCGAAGGGUCCAGGAGCGAUCAGCCAGCAGCGAGGAUGGCACGGAGUGUGUCAUUUCUGACUUUGAUGAUGACACUGGCCUCAUUAAUGUCUGGAUCAUUCUGCUGGAGGAGUUAACAACUGCCAUAUCCAACUGUCCCCGUCAGCACCAGCCUCCCACCCUGGACUUACUCUUUGAGUUGCUGAGAGAUGUUACCAAAAUACCUGGCCCAGGAUUUGGUAUCUAUGCAGUUGUACAUCUUCUUCUCCCCACAAUGUCUCUCUGGCUCCAUCGUAGCCAUGGUGACCAUUCAUACUGGGACGUGGCAUCUGCUAAUUUCAAGCAUGCAAUUGGUCUUUCCUGCGAAUUAGUAGUGGAGCACAUCCAAAGCUUUAUACAUUCAGACAUUGGCUAUGAGAAUAUGAUCAACACAAUGCUAAAAGACCUUUUCAAGUUGUUGGUAGCAUGUGUAGCAGAGCCUACAGAAACAAUCUCAAGAGUUGGCUGUUCCUGUAUCAGGUACAUCCUGGUAACAGCAGGUCCUGUUUUUACUGAAGAGAUGUGGAGACUGGCCUGCUGUGCCUUGCAGGAUGCAUUUUCUGCCACUCUUGAGCCAGUGAAGAACUUGCUGGGCUAUUUCCACAGUGGAUCUGAAAGCUUUAGUGGAGAUGCCUGUGAAGUGAAGGUGGCAGCACCCUCUCUCUCACCCAGUGCUGAAGCUGAAUAUUGGAGAAUCCGAGCCAUGGCACAACAGGUUUUCAUGCUAGACACCCAAUGCUCACCAAAGACGCCCAAUAAUAAGGAGGGAUUUGAACAUGCUCAGUCUUGCGUGCUUAUUAUUGAACUGCCUCCUGACAAGAAACCAAAUGGUCAUACACAGAAAAGUAUUCCUUUCAGGACCAUAGUGGUGAGUCUGUUGUCCCAUCAAGUACUCCUGCAAAAUUUGUACGAUAUCUUGUUGGAAGAAUUUGUGAAAGGGCCCUCUCACAUGGAGGAGAAGACAAUACAAGUACCAGAAAAUAAACUGGCUGGCUUUCUUAGGUACAUUUCUAUGCAGAAUUUGGCUGCCAUCUUUGACUUACUGUUGGAUUCCUAUCGAACAGCCAGAGAGUUUGACACCAGGCCUGGCUUGAAGUGCUUGCUGAAAAAAGUGUCUGGCAUAAGUGGGGCAGCCAACUUGUACCGCCAGUCAGCAAUGAGUUUCAACAUUUAUUUCCAUGCUUUGGUGUGUGCUAUUCUGACAAACCAAGAGAACAUCACCGCUGACCAAGUGAAGAAGAUCCUUUUUGAGGAUGACGAAAGAAGCACAGAUUCCUCCCAGCAGUGCUCAUCAGAGGAUGAAGACAUUUUUGAAGAAACUGCUCAAGUCAGCCCACCACGAGGGAAAGAGAAAAGGCAGUGGAGAGCUCGAAUUCCAUCUUUGAGUGUUCAGCCAGUCAGCAAUGCAGACUGGGGUUGGUUAAUCAAAAGGCUUCACAAACUAUGCAUGGAAUUGUGCAACAACUAUAUCCAAAUGCACCUGGACUUGGAGAAUACUGUGGAGGAGCCUCCAGUUUUCAAAGGUGACCCUUUUUUCAUCCUACCAUCCUUUCAAUCAGAAACCUCCACCCCAUCAACUGGAGGGCUGUCUGGGAAGGACACACCCUCAGAAGAUGACAGAAGUCAAAUUAGAGACCAUCUCGCAGACAGUCUGACUCCCAAGGGAGGGAGUGGAGAAAUGCUGCUGCUGCCAUCCCCCUUGAGCCCUAAGAUGGAAAAAAAGGAUCAAGCCAGGAAAAAAGAAUGGUGGGAGAGUGCUGGCAACAAAAUCUACACCAUCGCUGCUGACAAGACUAUCUCCAAACUCAUGACGGAGUAUAAGAAAAGAAAGCAGCAACAUAACCUGACCACUUUCGUCAAAGAUGUCAAGGUGGAAAAGAAAGGGGAGCUGCUGGGCUCAAGAGGGCAAGAUUCACCUCUUCCCCAGCGACCACAACAUCUUGUAGACCAGGGCCAAAUGAGGCAUUCCUUCAGUGCUGGCCCAGAGAUCCUGAGGCAGGAGAAGAGACCACGUUCGGGGUCUACUGUUAGCUCCCUGAAUAUAUCUGUUCGAGAUGCUGAGGCACAAAUACAGGCCUGGACUAAUAUGGUGCUGACUGUUCUCAACCAGAUCCAGGCCCUGCCAGACCAAACAUUCACAGCCCUCCAACCAGCAGUAUUCCCCUGCAUCAGUCAGCUGACAUGCCAUGUGACCGACAUCCGCAUCCGUCAGGCUGUGAGAGAAUGGCUGGGAAGAGUCGGUCGGGUCUAUGAUAUCAUUGUCUAAAAGAUAUACAUACUCCUUUAGCAAGGGAGAAGGAAUCAAAAGGUACACAGAAAAAAUGCAGUUACUGAAGGUUAUAUUUGAAAUGUGUAACCAGUAAGGAGCUAUACAUUCACCUGCCUAUCUGUUGAUUAAAUUCUGAAACGGUGAGCUCCUCAGCAUAUUCCCUGCCCAUUUCAGAUUGUAUGUCUCACACCAGCAAAGGAAAUGAUGUCAAGGGGUUAAGCUGACAACUGCUAGUAAAUCAGGCUGGUACAUAAAGGCUCAGUAAAUUUCACAGUGGGCAUUUUCAAUCUUGAAACUGCACAUUAUUUGUGAAUCUGCUUUGCAGUGCAGAGAGAGUCCAAAUCAUUUUGAAUAAGGUUGGGAUGAAAGUGAUCAUGUUCAUAACAAAAAUUCUCAUGGAAGACGAUUAUAAAUCCCAAAAUUUAGUGCAGGCACAAAAUUCUCAGUAUGGCAUUAACUGAUUUCCAUUUCUGAACGUGUGAUAGUAAGGGCUCCUCUGAUUACAAGUCUUGAUACUGCACCUGCAGUUAUCUGUGGUCACAACUGUCACUUGAGCACAGUCAGUCCUGUGCCUGCGCUUGAAAAACCAGUUAUGCAGACAGCUGUGUUGCCUAAGUCACAGAUGCAGAUCAUAGAAGAAUAGAAAGGAAAACAUUGAGGAAUAAAGUUAGUCAUCUUUGGCUGUUUGCUUAGGGUAAUCUUUUGGGGUUUUUUCCCCCUUUUGAAGCUCACACACACCGGAGUAGAAAAUCUAACUAAAGAUCAUUACAUAUAAAAACACGUUUGAUCCUACUGCUAAGUAAAACCUGAAAAGUUGUAGUAUCUGUUAAGGUCUGCAAUCUGGAGUGCAACGUAGCUGCUUUGCUCAAUAACAUCAGAAAAUCUUAGCUAUAGAAUGGAUAAACUCAAACCCCAACCCAGGAGGUCUGUCCCUAUAUUAUAGAAGCCUUGAAAGACCUAAAGUUGAUAUCACGGAACCUAUGCUGCCCGCUUUUUGUUGCCAACAUAUAGAACAUGGUUUCAAAGGUAGCAUUGUGGUCCUAAUCCCUAGCUGACAUAUCAACAGCUUAUAUACACAACAGAACCCUCUCCUCUCUACCACACAACAGAUUGCUCUUGCAAUCCUUCCAUGUCCAUCUGCUAAGGGAAAUAAGUUGUUCUUCCUGUGAAGCUAGUGGGAAAUAUACACCCGUGAGGCACAGUGCAGACUGAAAGAAGGGUUGUGACAGCACCAAGUACUUAACCAAGUAUACUCUAUACAUCAAAGAGCCCUCCAAAUUGCAUUAGUGUUUAUGUUUGUACUUAAGACAGACACGGGAAUAUAACUAUUAUGGCUGUUGACAGACAUGAAGCGGGGGGGGAAACGCUUUAUCGGAAGAGGCAGCUCAUUAGUUCGACCCAUAUCUGCAGCAUCAGUAUAGAUUGGGCACUUCAGCGGGGUUUUUGGGCACUUUUAUGUAAUAGCUAAUUCAAUUAGCUAUUAGAUAAAAGCACCAAAAAGGCCCCACUAAAGUGCCCGAUCUAUACAGACAGUGGGUGAGCCAGGUCCAACUAACGCACUGCCUCUUCUGAGCAGGUGCUGGGCUCAGCAUGGGGGUACACCAAGCUCAAAGUAAAGCACCAUUUGUUUGUGUUUUUUCUACAUCUGUAAGCAGCCUGUGUGGCUGCUGGAGCCCUGGGGACUGCCAGCAUUCACUACUGAAUUCAUCCCAUUACCAAUUCUCCAUGAUUAGCAGAGUCAAAGUGGAUAAGAUGUGGCAGUGGUACUCCUCAGUUGGCCAGUGAUCUCUUGUCUUGGACAGAGUCCACUUUUAGUUUUCUCAGCCCCUGCCUGUUUGUGCAAUGUCUACAAAUGGUGUGUGCGUGGAUGUUAGUGUAACACAAAAAGAAAAUCUUCCUUAUAAAAAGUGAAACUUGGCCAACAACCAGACCCCGAUUCUACAAGGAACAACAUGAGGGCAAAACACUAUUUCAGUUUAAGAGAUUUCAGGCAGCUGCAGAGUCCUUUGCAGAACUAGGACCUAAGCUUCUGGUAGUCAAGUAGUUUGGAUUACUCCAGGAAGUCCUGGGGAAGUGGGAGGGGCUGCAGAUUAAAACAGCCAAUUUCCUCCCAGUAGUUUUGAACGUAUAGCUGAUACAUGUGCAUAGUAAUGCAUAGAGAAAUGUCCUCUGGAUACAUGAAAUGCGCUGCAUCCCUCCUGACAGGGGGCAUCAUUUUGUUGCUCCAGGAUCAUACUUCUGUGUGGUGUACUUCUGUAUACCUUGUGAUGUACUUAAUCUUUUAGCAACUGUACACAAAAAUGAAAUGUACAUUUCCAUCUUAAGCCCCAAGUUUUCCCAAGAGUUUGUACCCGUUUCCAUCAGGUACAACUUUGGCUCUCUCAUUGAAUUGCAUAAAAGUACAAGUUGUCCCCUUUCUGAAAGCAUAUCUGUCCUCUCCAAGCAAGUUAACUGGAUCUAGCCAAUGUACAUGCUAAACCCUACAUCUGAAAAUUUACCUGAGACUAUAAUUGGUCAAGUAUGGUUUGUGAUAUUCACCUUUGUAUCCAGUCUAGCUCAUUUGUUUGGUUUUUUUUCCCCUUAAACUACAAACAUCUUUGGAAAUUAAAGCCAAAAGUGUUUGAUGGAAGAAUGUCAGAAUUCAGCUUCAAAUCAACAGAAGAACUUGGAGUCACUUCCAAGACUAGCUUUUAGUUCAAUAGAGAGUCCUUCUUGAGACUCUUACCUGCAAAACGUUCUCCACAAUCAUUUAUGGGUCAGAACUGGCUGCAAUACAUGGGGACGGCAUCAGCAUUCAUAUGGAUGAAGUCUGACUGCCAGAUUCUUUCCUGUGAACUGGCUCCUUUUCACUGUUCAGACUGUUAUAUGGCCAGAGCUGAGCAUUCUGCGAUACAGUGAAAAGACCUCAGCUGGCAUUAAACCAGCAAUGCUGACAUUUUACCCCAAACAUUAUUAUUCCCUCUGUGGGACUAAGGCACUUGGCUGUCUGUUGGUUUGUGUUCCCUAGAAUCCUUUACAGCUACACUGGCCAGAUAGAUGCAAAAAACUGGGGAGCUGUAACCAGCUGCCCUCAUAGCCACCCUAUCAUCCCCCAGAGCUGUUUUCUGUCUGAUAAUUGUUGAGCUGUCAACCACAACAAAAUAGUCCUCUAUCAAAUCUGAACAAAAAUCUUGAAAAUUUCCCUAAACAUGAAUCGCUACACAUCAGUAACUUCAAAUGCUUCAUUUCUUUUUCAACUUGAUAGCUAUUUUUUUUUUUUUACAAGAAAUUCAGUUAAUUACUGAAAUUAAAAAGCAUUUUGACCGAACAAAUUUGUCAAUGGUUUCACAGGGUUUUUUUCCUCUUGAAACCAGGAGAUUCAUUGAUACCUUCUCCUGCCAACAAGACACAUUGGUUAUUUAUUUUUAUUUAAAGCUUCUUUAAAAGAAACUCCUAACCAGUUCUAAUUUUCUACUUGGUACAUACAGCCUUUGGGUAGCUUGGCCUUUGUUGUAGCAUUAUCUUCAGUGUGGUUCACUCAUAUUUAAGUAACCAUAUAAGGCUAUUUAUUGAGCGUGUAUGCUGUUAUCACUGUCUUUACUACUGAAUAUAGUAAGAGUAGUCUGUAGCCCACUGUUGUUAUGUGUAGACUACCACAGUCUAUUCCUAUUUUCUUAUGAAAUGUACAUUGGCCAGAUUUCAGUCUUUGUGACACUGUUGAAUUGGGAGUUACUGAACUAAUCUAAAACUGAAGUGAUUUUCAGGGGUGCUGUUUGUAUAAAGCUGGAUGCAGAAUCAGAUCUUGUAUGCUGGGAAAUAUUAGAUUGAUAAUUUGUGAGAGCAUAAUGUGUAAGAUGUGUGUUAGUAGCUGACACUGGCUAGAUGUGACCCAACUUCCUCAUCCACCCUCACUCACAGCUACAUGUUGCAAAUGCUACUCCUGCACCUUUUAGGAGCAAUUGCCCAGGUCAUGGAUAACCAACCAUCUAUUUUAAGCUGCUUUUUGUUUAUGCAACCACAUUUAAGUGCCCACUAUUACCAUCAGUGCCUCUACUCCCCAGCUCCCCGUGGGACAUAGUCAUAGGAAAUAAGCAAAGUUGUGUUAAGAGUAUUACUGGUAUAUUUUAAAUUAAUAAAUCAGGAAAUGGUCAUCAUGCAAAGAAUUGUUAAAUAGAAAAAGCACUUUGUAGUCCAUGGGGAUAUUUAAUGACAGGACAUUAACAGGACACUAGGCUGCCAGAAUGCUCUGCGUUUUUUGUUGGGUUCUUUUUGCUUUGUAAAGUUUAUAAAAUAACAAGGAAGAAGAAAAGAACACUGCUGAUAAUUUAAGUCUAUUAACUGUGUAGAAAAAAAACGAGGAAAAAAUAAUGCAGCAGGCCCACUACUACUGAUCUGGUAACAUAAGAAGCUGUUUCUGCUCACUAAAAGCAUGCCUUGACAGUAGCUCCUGCUAAGACUACCUCCCCUGCCAGUGAUGAGCGCUCUCCCAGGUUUGCUCCAAGUUCACUGCCAUGGGGGCAUGCUGGGGCCUAUCUGAUUGCACUACACUAUAGCUGUUUUCUGCUUUUUGUGUCCUGAAAAGGAAGAGAUACUGAGAGCAGUAUUUGAAGUGAAGUGAUUUACAUUAGAAAGUAAAUAAGCCAUUGCACAGCCUAAGAUGGUGAGUGUGGCUUUAGAGGCAUCUUUCACACCAUCCCUACCACUAUCCCUUCCCCAAAGCCAGGCAGGAGUUAACUGAGAUUUAGGCCUUGUGCUCCUUUCUUCCCUAAUUCCAGGUCUCUGAGAUAUCAUAGUUUGAGGAGUUUGCCUUUUCUCAGUGCAGGGAGUGUCUGUGAUGAUUAUUUAGUUGUACUACAUAACACCCCCUGGUCCUGGAUCAGGACUCCAUCUGUGUUAAAUAUAUUGUCCCGAUAAAAAGCCCUCUAAUUACCAAAGUUAAAUGCAAAUAAUAUUAAUUUUAAAAUAAUACUUCAGCUGAUUGUUUGUUUGUUUAUUUGUUUGUUUGUUUGUUUACUUUGGGUUGUUGCACAUGUAUCACAUUAUAAUAAAUCAAAGGAUUAGAGAAACAGUUCAAGGUAAUUGUGCAUCUUUUGCCAGAUCUUUCUGUUAGAGCAGUUUCAUUAUUUCCCCUCUUGUCUUCUGUGGCUGUUUCACAAAUUAGCAGGGGAGGUAGCAAAGCAUUUUUUAAAUGUGAAAAUGUGACUGUAAAUCUUCAAAAACUAGCCACUGGGAUGCAGGGCCAGUGAAGUACUAGAAACUCCUCUUGGUUAAUUUGACUAGGUUUCAGUUGAGAAAAGUUACAGAAAAGUCAUGUGGAAAAUGCCUUAAGGCCCUUCAGUAUUAAUCCGGUUAGAAUACUAAAACAAGAUGCUGGUGGGUGUGGUACCACCUCCUUUGAUGGAGCAGAUUACUGGAUUUCCAAACAAGAAAUAUUCCUUUACACGCACAAGAGAGCACUCCCUUACAUAAAUCAUUAAAGCCCUUGCUGCAAGCCCUGGUAGUGUAACAUGAGGUCAGGGCAGCAUAUUGCAGUUCCAGCAUUAAUUGGAGAAAUCAUUAGAGCCUUGAAAAAUCAGUCUGGCUUACAAUGCAUUACCAAGAGCCUGAGUUUGCUUACAGGUCCUCGUUGCUCUGGGUUAAGAACUGGAUUCUUCAUCUCACUUGCUUCUGUGUUCCUUGUUUCCAUUGUUUUGUGUGCAUGUGUGUCAGAUUUUGGGGAGUUUGGGGUUUUUGUUUUGUUUCAUUUUUCUUAAAGAACUGAAGACAAUAAAUGUACAAGUUCUGUCAACUUUUGAACUCUUUGUAAAUA